AUUAUUCUAGCAUCACGGCAGCAGGCAUCUGCUAAGUUUGGAGUUAUUCGUGUCACCACAACUGUAUGCCUGCUUAAAGGUGGUUUAAAGACAGGGGCUCUGCGGCACAAGGAGUCUGCAUGUCUGCUUAGACAUGCUCAGCUUUGUGGAUACUCGGAUUCUGUUGCUGCUUGCAGUAACGUUAUAUCUAACAUCAUGCCAAUCGGGUCCCAGAGGAGACAAAGGACCUCGAGGUGACAGGGGUUUUCCUGGCCCUAAUGGAAAAGAUGGCAAACCCGGACUGCCUGGCCCCGCUGGCCCUCCAGGCCCCCCUGGACUCGGAGGAAACUUUGCUGCUCAAUAUGAUGGUUCGAAAGCCCCCGAUCCUGGACCCGGACCCCCAGGACUGAUGGGACCCAGAGGUUCCCCUGGAAUGCCUGGACCCCAGGGACCUCAAGGACAGACUGGACACGCUGGUGAACCCGGACAGCCUGGAAACGACGGCCCUGUUGGAGCCCGUGGACCCCCUGGACCACCUGGCAAAUCUGGAGAAGAUGGAAACAAUGGCAGACCUGGCAAGCCCGGAGACAGAGGUGCCGCCGGCCCUCAGGGUGCUCGUGGAUUCCCAGGAACUCCUGGACUUCCAGGGAUGAAGGGACACAGAGGUUACACUGGUAUUGAUGGACGUAAGGGAGAACCCGGUUCUGCUGGCGCCAAGGGUGAGUCUGGUGCCUCUGGAUCUCCUGGAAGUUCUGGACUGGCUGGACAACGUGGUCAGCCCGGUGAGAGAGGUCGCCCCGGCCCUGCUGGUCCUGCUGGUUCUCGUGGUUCUGAUGGCAAUGUUGGACCUUCUGGCCCAGCUGGUCCUUUGGGUGCUGCUGGCCCCCCAGGCUUCCCAGGCGGUCCUGGACCCAAGGGAGAACUUGGAGCAGCUGGAGGCACUGGCCCAUCUGGACCUCAGGGAUCUAGAGGAGAGCCCGGAUCCAACGGUGUUGUUGGCCCAAUUGGCCCCCCUGGCAACCCUGGUGCUAAUGGUCUGAAUGGAGCCAAGGGAGCUGCUGGAACCCCCGGUUCUGGUGGAGCUCCUGGUUUCCCCGGACCAAGAGGAGGACCUGGACCUCAGGGACCUCAGGGUGCUGCUGGACCAAGAGGACUUUCUGGUGAUCCUGGUCCUCAGGGUGUCAAGGGAGACACUGGUGGCAAAGGAGAGCCUGGUAACGCUGGCCCUCAGGGACCUCCUGGAACUCAAGGUGAGGAGGGCAAGAGAGGACCCACUGGUGAGAUUGGUGCUAAUGGGCCUGCUGGCAGCCGUGGUGCUAGAGGUGCUCCCGGAAGCCGUGGUCUGCCUGGUUCCGAUGGAAGAACUGGCCCAAUUGGUAUGCCUGGUGCCCGUGGUGCUUCUGGUGCUGCUGGACCUCGUGGACCCCCUGGAGAUGCCGGUCGUGCUGGCGAGCCUGGCCCUGCCGGUCUCAGAGGUCUCCCAGGAAGCCCUGGAAGCUCUGGACCCCCAGGAAAGGAGGGACCUUCUGGUCCUGCUGGACAAGAUGGCCGUUCUGGACCUCCCGGCCCAACUGGACCUAGAGGCCAGCCAGGAAACAUUGGUUUCCCUGGACCCAAAGGACCCUCUGGAGAGCCGGGCAAACCUGGAGAGAAGGGACCUAGUGGCCCCACUGGUCUGAGAGGACCCCCUGGACCUGACGGCAACAACGGAGCCACUGGCCCCAUGGGAGCUGCUGGCGGUGCUGGUGAGAAGGGAGAGCAGGGACCAGCUGGAGCUCCUGGCUUCCAGGGUCUGCCUGGACCUGCUGGAUCUGUCGGUGAGGCUGGCAAGCCUGGAGAAAGAGGUAUCCCAGGAGAGCAGGGAGCCGCUGGACCAGCUGGUGGCAAGGGAGAGCCAGGAGCUGCUGGAGCUGCUGGGGCUGCCGGACAUCAAGGAUCUGCUGGCAUCCCCGGUGAGCGUGGUGUAGCUGGUGGUCCAGGAGGCAAGGGAGAGAAGGGAGAGACCGGACACAGAGGCCCUGAUGGAAAUUCUGGCAGAGAUGGCUCUCGUGGCCCUGCUGGACCUCCUGGCCCUCCUGGACCCACUGGAGCCAACGGUGAUAAGGGUGAGGUUGGUUCCUUUGGACCCUCUGGCCCUGCUGGACCUCGUGGACCCUCUGGUGAGCGUGGAGAGGUUGGACCUGCCGGAUCCCCCGGAUUUGCUGGACCCCCUGGUCUUGAUGGUCAGGCCGGAGCCAGAGGAGAGCGUGGACCUGCCGGGGGAAAGGGAGAGUCUGGAUCCGCUGGCCCUGCUGGACCCGCUGGACAGUCUGGACCUGCUGGCCCAGCUGGCUCUGCUGGACCUCCUGGCGCUCGUGGAGAAACUGGUCCUCCAGGUCUGACUGGUUUGCCUGGUGCUGCUGGCAGAGUUGGUGCUCCUGGCCCUGCUGGUAUUGUGGGACCUCCUGGCCCCUCCGGUAACGCUGGAAAAGACGGACCUCGUGGUCUCCGUGGUGACUCUGGUCCUGCUGGUCCUUCUGGUGAGCAAGGAAUGGUUGGACCACCUGGUCCUCCUGGAGAGAAGGGACCCUCCGGAGAGUCUGGCCCCGCUGGACUUUCUGGUGCUCCUGGACCCACUGGCCCUCUGGGAAUUACAGGAUUCGUUGGUCUGCCUGGUGCUAGAGGAGAUCGUGGUACACCUGGUGGUGCUGGUGCUGUGGGAGAGCCUGGUAGACCUGGACCCGCUGGUCCAUCUGGAGCCCGUGGUCCCCCUGGUAACAUUGGCAUGCCUGGUAUGACCGGACCUCAAGGAGAGGCUGGACGCGAGGGUAGCCCCGGUAACGACGGACCCCCUGGUCGUCCCGGUGCCUCUGGAUUCAAGGGAGAUCGUGGUGAGCCUGGAUCUCCUGGUGCCUUGGGACUUGCUGGUGCUCCCGGACCUGCCGGACCAACUGGAGCUGCUGGUAGACCUGGAAACCGUGGAGAGGCUGGCCCAUCAGGUCCUUCUGGACCCGCUGGACCUGCUGGAGCCAGAGGCGCUCCAGGACCUUCUGGACCCCGUGGUGAGAAGGGAGUUGCUGGAGAGAAGGGAGACAGAGGCAUGAAGGGUCUUCGUGGACAUCCUGGUCUCCAGGGAAUGCCCGGACCUUCAGGACCUCCUGGUGAGAGCGGUCCUGCUGGAGCCCUUGGACAUGCUGGACCCAGAGGACCUUCUGGACCCAAUGGACCCCCUGGUAAAGAUGGUAGAGCUGGCACACAUGGUCCUAUGGGUCCUCCUGGCUCCCGUGGACCUCCUGGAUAUGUUGGACCAGUUGGCCCUGCUGGAUCUCCUGGUCUGCCCGGACCUCCUGGCCCAUCUGGUGGCGGAUACGACGUCUCCGGAUACGAUGAAUACAGAGCUGAUCAGCCAGCUCUCAGAGCCAAGGACUACGAAGUUGAUGCCACCAUCAAGUCUCUCAACACUCAGAUUGACAACCUGCUUACCCCCGAGGGAUCCAGAAAGAACCCUGCCCGCACCUGCCGCGACAUCAAGCUCAGUCACCCCGACUGGAGCAGCGGAUUCUACUGGAUUGACCCCAACCAGGGCUGCAUCAAUGAUGCCAUCAAGGUCUUCUGCGACUUUACCACCCGCGAGACCUGCAUCUAUGCCCAUCCAGAGAGCAUUGCACGCAAGAACUGGUACAGAAGCACAGACAACAGGAAGCACGUGUGGUUCGGAGAGACCAUCAACGGCGGUACCGAGUUUACCUACAACGACGAGACCCUCAGCCCACAGAGCAUGGCCACGCAGCUGGCUUUCAUGCGCCUGCUUUCCAACCAGGCUAGCCAGAACAUCACCUACCACUGCAAGAACAGCGUUGCCUACAUGGAUGGUGAGAGCGGCAACCUGAAGAAGGCCGUUGUGCUCCAGGGCUCCAAUGACGUGGAGCUCAGGGCCGAGGGCAACAGCCGCUUCACCUUCUCCGUGCUGGAGGAUGGCUGCACUACACACACUGGUGAGUGGAGCAAGACAGUGAUUGAGUACAGAACAAAUAAACCAACUCGCCUCCCCAUCCUCGACAUUGCACCUUUGGACAUUGGUGGACCUGAUCAGGAGUUUGGUUUGGACAUUGGCCCAGUCUGUUUCAAAUAAAUAGACUCAUGAUAAAUUAACACCAAAAAGAGAGAAAGAACAAAAAAAAAGAAAUCUCUGCCCUUCUCUGUUUUUUUUUUUUUGUACUGAAUGCUGACUUCUCUGCACAUCCACUUGCUUAAGAUGGGCAACUAUCGGAGAGGACCGAACGGACUGAACGGAGAUUUUGUGCAAUGCAAAUUAAUACAGCCAAACCCAAAGGGACGCGGGAUAACACCUUGUUGUGGAACAUCAUGGCAUCUUUUUUUGUAAAAAAUAAAAGAAGUGUAAUAAAAAUGCUGAAAGUAUGCAUCACAUUUUGUGGUCUUUGUAUAUCUUCCAAAGAAGAGGUUUAAAACCACAAUUUCCAAGAACAAAAAAGGUUUGAACUACCUCAUGCCUGUACUCAAAGAAAAUAGUAUUGACAAAAACCUGAGUCCACAACCGAGAUGUUAAGACUUCUAAUGCUUCAAGCUUUGUCCUGCUUGGAAGGUGCUCAGUUACUUGAAGCAGAGACCUAUGGUGCUAAAAUGCAGCUGUGGAACGAACCACUUUUUACUGUAUUACUUUGUAUUGACCUAUGAGGAGUCUAACAUCAAUCCCGCUGAUACUCCCCCACUUUAAGCAGGUGGAAUGUUCCUAAACUCUUAUGUCUAAUGUCUGUUUUCUGUUUUUUUUUUUUUUUAAUUUUCUGACUUUUCUUGUCCUUCUAAGUUUUUUCAGGCUUUUCUUUUGUACUGCCCCAGUUCCACUCGCAGUGUUCACAUUGACAGCACACUUUUCCUCCAGUCCCAAAUGGUUUUCAGGCGGCCUUUCUCUCUCUCUCUCAAACAAUGACACCACAAAGUCUAUUGUACCUAUUUUGUAUAUGUGAGAUGUUUAAAUAAAUUGUGAAAAGUUCUGAAAUAAAGCAUGUCCAAUGUUCCAAAACCCACAAACCAUGCAGUGACUUUUAUGUUUUAAUGACAUCAUUGAAGGUGUGUCACUGUAAUGUAUUAUUAUUAUUUUUUAUUUUUUAGUUUCUUUUAUAUAUAUAUAAUUUCAUCUGGUCUUAGUUGUGCUGACGAUUUAUGUAUCAGCAUUGACUUAAACAUCUUCCUAUUGUGGAAGCAGAACACUAUCAUGAGUCACAUCCCCCUUUAUGUUGCCUCUCAUCAGAACAUCCAACUUUAAUGUAUAGUAAACUUCUGUUUACACUCUCCAUGUCAUUGUGUGAUUUCUAAUGUGCAUUUUCUUGUAAAUAUGCAUUCUCCAAUGUAGCUUUUUUUCUUGCAUAAAACAGCUUUUGCAUCCAAAUAAACCUCUGAGUUUGGA